AAAAAAACUAAAAAAUAAAAAAUAAAAAAAUAAAAAUUUCAUUUUUAUAAAAGGAAAAUUCGUCUGCGAAAAAGUCUUCUCCAAUAACCAAUCCAAAUUGAACCCCCCAAAAGGCCACCACAUUCAUCACGACUCUCUUCCCAAUUUUAUUCUUUUUUUUCUGCUUAUUUUCCAAAGAAAAAAAAAGGUCGCAUCUCAUUUGAAGUUGCCAAACGCGAACUUUCCCGGAAACUUCUCUCUCUUUUCUUCUCUGAAGCGAUGCGUUUGGGAUUGUUUGGAUCUAAAACUUUGUUGCUUCUGGUGAAUUGGCUGGGGUUUACAAGAGCUUUCGGUUAGGGUUUCAGAAAAGAAGCAAUUAGGGUUUUGGGAUUUUUUUUUUGUCUGAUGUUGAUGAUGGGGGAGGAUAUCGGUAAUGAUAGCUCCGGUUUCUUGCCACGUGGUGAUCCUUCGACCGAUGAUAAGUUCGAUGAUCUCGUUUCUGAUAGUCUCUGCAUCGAUCUAGACACCUUCAAUCGCAUUCUUGAAGAGAAUUCUGAUCCUCUGCAGAGAAAUCCCGAUGAUCCAUCAGGCAGAAAUAUGUUGCAAGGGGACUCAGCUCCUGUAUCUAUUCAUUUUCAGAGUGGCUUUCAGUUGUUUAAAGAAUUGCCUUCGUCAGGGUUUGGUUUUGAAGAUCUUUUAAGAUAUAGCUCCGAGGCUUCAGAUGCUAGGGCUGGGUCUGUUGGUGGUUCAUUUGAUUUCCAUGGGAAGUUGGAAUCGUCUGCACAGAAUUGUUCUCCAGUCCAGACAUCCUCUGCAAGUUUUAAAGAGUGGUUUCCAAUUGGUCAAGGGACUUCCUACACAGAGGGGGUUGGAAUGUCUCUGCUUGAGAUGCCCAGCUGUAGUACAGCAUCUAGUUUUGCUGAGAUAGAUGGAAACCAUGUGUUAGAUCGCAGAGAUAAUUUAAAUUUUGAUCUUGUGGAUAAUAGAACUGGAAUACAAUUCAAGAAUACUUCAGAUGAGUUUGACUACAAAAAUGCUUUGUAUAGCCCUGAUGCUGAGAAUAUAAAUUUAAUAUAUGAACAUUCUGGUGAUUAUCGAAUUAAUACCUUGCAAACCCUGGAAGCUACUGAAAAUGACGUGGCUAGGUCUGUGGAGUUUCCCUCCUUCGGUGCUGAUAUGUCUUCACAUAAUGUUACUUCUAUUGAGUCUACUAUCUGUCAUGGUUCAGAUGUUAUUAGUGAUUUUAGUGAUCCUUCUUCAGUUAUACUUCAUCGUGCUACUGGAGAUGACGCAUGUUUUGCUGAUUGCUCAACACACUAUUUGCCUAGUUCCCAAAAUUUUAUGUUUGAAGAAAAUAUGGAAGGUGAAGUAGUGGAAUUUCCAACUGAGAGUGCAUGCUCAAGUAGUAGGAUAAUUUUUAAUGCUCAGGGUGGGACUGAUAAUAGGUCCAUGUCAGGGCUCUCAAUGACUCAUUUCUCUGAUGUAAAGCGACAGUAUUUUGAAGGCAAAGGUAAUGGGCAUAUUUCACCAGCCUGUGGAAAUUUGUCAUACAUUGCUAAUGAUGGAUGUUUUGAUGGCAAAGGAUCAGUGCAGCCGUUCGAUCAUUCUCACUCUUGCAUUUCAAACAACAUCUUCUUCCAUUCGGCUGAAGCUUUAGAUAAAACUAGCUGGGUAAAGUCUACUAACAGGGCUGAUGACUCAUUAUCUGUUGAUGAAGACUCGAAGCACUCGUUGUCUGAUAUUUCACCUUCUAUAUCAAAUCAGGAGUUUACGGUUAAUGGCAAGGAUGCUCCUCAGUAUUACCAAGAUAUUAAUCUAAAUGUUAGUAGUCAUUCAUCCCUUCGUGGUGGUGGACAUUUGAACUUAACUUCCUCAGAGCAAUAUUUUUCCAGCUCUCAUCCAAUUCCUUCAACCAAGAUGCAAUUAGGUUGUUAUGGGGAUGAAAGAGAGAAUAAGUUGAUUCCUCCAAGGAGCAUGGGUCUUUCAAAAGUCAGCCCUGAAUCUAUUCACAGCAAUUCAUCAGAUUGCAGAUCCCAUGAUGAUGAUGAACCAGAGAUACGUAUACUUGAAGACAUCAGUCAACCUGCCCGCACAAAUCAAUCCCUGGUGCUUGUAAAGAAGACUUCUAGUUUGCCGAAUACUACAUUUAGUAAUCCCCUCCAUAACUCAGGAAUGGGAGGUAUCAGGCCCAAGGAAAAUGACGAGCGGUUAAUUUUUCAGGUUGCAUUGCAGGGUCUUUCUCAGCCAAAGUCUGAAGCGAGUCCACCGGAUGGUGUUUUGACAGUACCUCUUCUACGACAUCAGCGAAUUGCAUUAUCAUGGAUGACCCAGAAGGAGAAAGCUGGCUCGCACUGUUUGGGAGGAAUUCUUGCAGAUGAUCAGGGAUUAGGAAAAACUGUAUCAACAAUUGCACUUAUUCUUAAGGAAAAGCCUCCAUCUUCUAGAGCAUCUUCUCAAGAUAUGCGAAAAGUUCAGUUUGAAACACUAAAUUUGGAUGACAACGACGAUGAUCAUAACGAAGGGAUGAAGCAAGAAUCUGUUAGUAGUCAAGUUACAACAAAUGGUGCUAUAGAGAAAAGCUCUUCUCCCUCAGGGCAAGCAAAGGGAAGGCCAGCUGCUGGAACACUCAUUGUAUGUCCAACAAGUGUACUGCGGCAAUGGGCAGAGGAGUUAAACAAUAAGGUGACGAGCAAAGCUAAUCUCUCCGUUCUAGUAUACCAUGGAAGCAACAGAACGAAGGAUCCUUUUGAGUUAGCAAAGUAUGAUGUUGUCCUGACCACAUAUUCAAUUGUUAGCAUGGAGGUCCCAAAGCAGCCUCCUGUUCAUGGAGAUGAUGAUGAGAAAGGGAAGCUGGAAGGUGACAAUUUAUCAUCUAUGGAUUUUCCACCAAGCCGGAAAAGGAAAUACUCUCCCAGUUCUAAUAAAAAGGGAGUGAAGCAUAAGAAGGAAGUGGAUGAAUUGCUUGUUGAUUCUGCUUCUCGACCUCUUGCAAAAGUUGGAUGGUUUAGAAUUGUUCUGGAUGAGGCCCAAAGCAUCAAAAACCAUAGAACUCAAGUUGCUAGGGCCUGUUGGGGCCUUCGUGCUAAACGUAGAUGGUGCUUGUCUGGGACUCCAAUUCAAAAUGCCAUCGAUGAUCUUUAUAGCUACUUCAGAUUUCUGAGAUAUGACCCAUAUGCUGCUUACAAGUCAUUCUGUUCUUCAAUAAAGUUCCCGAUUACUAAAAAUCCAGGGAAAGGGUAUCCAAAACUACGAGCUAUCUUGCAGACAAUAAUGUUACGUCGCACCAAAGGUACUCUUCUUGAUGGGAAACCAAUCAUUAACUUGCCACCUAAAGUGAUAGAACUGAAAAAGGUGGAAUUCACAAAGGAGGAACGUGAUUUCUACUCCAGACUGGAGACUGAUUCACGUAAUCAGUUUAAAGAGUAUGCAGCUGCUGGGACUGUCAAACAAAACUAUGUGAAUAUCUUGUUGAUGCUUUUGCGCCUUCGCCAAGCUUGCGAUCAUCCUCUUCUUGUCAGGGGUUUUGAUUCAAACUCUUUAUGGAGGUCGUCGAUUGAGACUGCAAAGAAGCUUCCUGAGGAGAAGCUAACAUUUCUUCUGAGUUGUUUAGCAUCUUUGGCACUCUGUGGCAUCUGCAAUGAUCCACCGGAAGAUGCUGUUGUUGCUGUCUGUGGUCAUGUUUUCUGCAAUCAAUGCAUCUCUGAACAUCUUAGUGGUGAUGACAACCAGUGUCCGACCACAAAUUGCAAAGUUCGACUCAGUGCAUCUUCUGUGUUUUCAAAUGCCACCUUAAGCAGCACUCUCUCCGAGCAGCCUGGUCAGGAUAGUUCCCUUAAUUGUUCUGGUUCUCAAAUUGUUGAGGUAAUUGGGCCUCAUUCUGAGGAUUGUUCGUAUGGUUCUUCCAAAAUUAGGGCUGCCCUUCAGGUCCUGCAAUUGCUAGCUAAACCUCAAGAUCAUAGCUUAAAGAGUAGUGGGUGUCUGGAAGGUUUGUCCGAUCUCCAUUCUGGUGAUUCACCAAAUGGUGUUCUUGAUGAAAAAAAUUUUGGUACGGGUGAAAGUUUGAAUGAUUCUUGUAAGGUCCUUGGAGAGAAAGCCAUAGUGUUUUCCCAGUGGACAAGGAUGUUGGAUUUAUUUGAAGGGUGUCUUAAAAGUUCUUCCAUCCAUUACAGAAGACUUGAUGGAACUAUGUCAGUUGCAGCUAGAGAUAAAGCAGUGAAGGAUUUCAACGCCCUACCAGAGGUGUCUGUUAUGAUUAUGUCUCUGAAAGCUGCUAGUCUUGGGCUGAACAUGGUUGCAGCUUGCCAUGUUCUUCUGCUGGAUCUUUGGUGGAACCCUACAACUGAGGACCAGGCAAUUGACAGAGCACAUCGAAUUGGGCAGACUCGCCCUGUAACUGUUUUGCGUUUAACUGUGAAAGAUACAGUUGAAGAUCGUAUUUUAGCUCUUCAACAAAAGAAGAGGGAGAUGGUUGCAUCUGCAUUUGGAGAGGAUGAAACUGGUGGUCGUCAGACUCGCCUCACUGUAGAGGACUUGGAAUACUUGUUUAUGGCAUGACAUUUCACUCUUAAAAUGACAGCGGUAGACUACAUUCUUAAACCGGCACUGUUAGACUUGCAACCGAGGUUGGUGCAUUUUGUUUGGGGAUGGAAAGAUUGGAUCUCCAGCUUCCUCCUAUAGAAUCAUUACCUUACCCAUCUUCCCCGCCCAGUGGAUUCCAUUUUGCUAACCCAAAUACCAUUUAUAGGUUCUUUUGGACAUGAGGGCAAGGAGUAAGGCUCUUUUGACACUGUGAAUACUCACGAAAGAAUCCUCACGGUUCCCUUAGUAACAAUAGGAAAGUUGGAAUAUUUUUUGUUGCUCUGGCCAUUGAUAGUUCUGAACCUUUCAUCACCUGUGACAUUGUAUAGGGUUUAGGGCAAGUGAGCUAUACCUUAGUAAAGAUAAUAGAGUUAAGACGGGUGAUUCUUUUAGUCAUAGUUGUAAAUGAUAGGUCUUUUACAUAUAAUAUAUAUAUAUAUAUAUUUUCUUAUUCUUUACAUUUUCCAAAGAUACAGAAAUUAUUAAGUUGUAGCUUCAUUGGUAAAUUUGAGUAUACUAUUUCCCCUGUAGUUUGUAUCCAUUCAUUAAUUUCCAGGCACGAAUUUUUGUUUA